AUGAAGCUGCCCAGCUCCCCCUACCUGCAAGAAGGGCGAUGGGGUGCCGCGCUCCGGACAAAGGGGAAGCGGGUUGGGAGCCGCUCCCUCCGCUCCGAGGCCGGCUCGGGCCCCUGCGCUGCUAUUAGGGCUCAGCCAGCCUCGCUAUCCGCCUGGAGACCACGACUCCGGUCACGCACGUGUCCACACAUGUCCGGUGAGGUCCCACGUGUGCGCCCCCCAGGCCUCUCCUCCUUGGGCUCCGGCCCCGGCCCCACCCCCGGGACACGUGUGCCUGGGGAGCGCGCCCGGCACCGCCGGGGCCGAGCACGGCCUCCCACACCCGGGCGGCGGGUCGGAGCAUCUGCCGGUCUAGGCCCGCGGAAGCCACCCUCUCCGGGCAGCUGUCACCUACCCCGGCCGCCGUGGCACCCCUCGGCCCCGCAGCCCAGCCGGCGGGUGGGCGCAGCGGAAGGGAGUCGCCAGGCGGGCACUCACCGCGCUGUGCCGCCGCUGCGCUCGCCUCCCCGCCGUGCCGCGCGCCCCGCCAGCACCUAG